AUGCAACCAGGCCACGCGAUCUGGUCAGAUGGGCCAAGACCCGAAAAUGGCCGAAGCGGAGCCGAGAUCGCCUGGCAGGAGACUUCCGAAGAGUGGAGGACAUGGAGCUUCCCCCUUGGAAAGGGACAAGAGGUCUUUGAUGCAGAGCUUGUGGGAGCCGUGCAGGCCCUCCAGGCCGCACUGAAAAUGGAUGGCAGCGGCCCAAUGACAGUUCUACCAGAUUCCCAAGCGGCGAUUGCAAGGCUGCAACACACGCAAGCAGGCCCCGGUCAGGAACUGACACUUCGAGCACAUGCAGUAGCCAGGGCUCUACAAGAGCGAGGCCGAGAACCCAUCAUUCAAUGGGUGCCUGGCCAUUCUCGUGUGGAAGGGAAUGAAAAAGUUGAUGAGGCGGCAAAGCUCGCGGCCAGUUGA